AUUUAAUUGGGGUCACAUUUGUCUAAACUCAACGGUCAACUUUGCAUUUCAAAUUCAAAAACUCAUCCUUUUGCACAGCAUAUCCGUUGCUUCACUCUCAAAGAAGAAGUAGAAGAAGAAGCAAAUUAACCAUUGAAACCUUAAAACACGAUAAUGGGAAGACUUGGAGUGAAAACUGACUAUGAAGAACUCAGAAAAGCCCAAAUCUUGGAAAACCAGGCUCGAUUAGCUAGUCUUGGUCUUCAAAAAACCGUCGCAGAGCUUCGAACUAUCAUUUCUAAACCACAAUCAGAGAAGAGAAAACAUAACAAAGUUGAUUACUCUUCCACCCCUUUACGCCGUUCCAAUCGAUUGAAAGGAAAUUCUUCUGAAUUGGCAUUGCGUCGUUCAGAUCGCUUAUGCAGCUCUGCCCCACCAGCAAAAAGGAAAUUGAGGCUUUUCGAAGAAGGAGAUGUUGAAGAUGAUAUUGAGAAGAGACCUGCUAAUGCGCCUCUACUGAGAGUGAAAGAUGGCUUAAUGCUGCAUCUUACGCCAGAAGCUUUGGCUCGACGUUGCACCAGCAAGGAUAGGGGAACUAUAUAUGACCCUAUUUUGGGUAUUUGCUGUCACUUUUGCAGGCAAAAGAAAUUGUGUGGUGAAGAAGACUGUAAACGAUGUGGUGAUAUGGACAUGGAUCAACCUUGCUUAGGCAAGACAGAUUGUUCAAUUUGUCAUUCUAGCAAUGGUGUUCUUUGCCGAGGUUGUCUUAAGGUUCGAUAUGGUGAAGAACUGGAGGAUGUAAGAGCAAAUAAAGAAUGGAUAUGUCCUCAUUGUACUGAAGAAAAAGGCAUCAAUCCAUAUUGGAUAUGUAACAGCUCAUUGUGCCUAAAGAAGCGAAAGAUGGCUCCAACUGGGAUCGCCAUAUUCAGAGCUAGAGAGAUGGGAUACAAAUCAGUGGCACAUCUGUUAAUGGAUCAACUUCAGGGAGUAGUGAGGGGUAGAUGAUAAACUUCUUUUUGUGCAUAGUGUAAGCUCUUUUAGUAGGAUUAUAAGAGCUGCAUAGUAAGUUUAGCUUCAGAAUGUAAAGAUGAAUGUUAUGAAAGACCAAUCACCUGUUGCAAUUGCUUGGAUCCUCAUUCAAUUUGCUUAUGCCACUUCUCUUUUGAGCUUAUAUCUAAAGCAAGAUUUUUUGACGGA